CAACUGUCAAAUGUCAAAUAUGUACUUAAUAAAUUUUUAAAAAUGAACUUCAUUCUCAAAUAUCUCUUAAUUUUACUUAUUAAUUUCGCUUUUUGUAUAAACGCUUCUAUUUAUAAAAACUUGAAAUAUUUCGAAACACUCCAUGCUGAUGACCUAAACCAUAAAAUAGUUAAAAGAGGUUUAAAAGAAUCGAACCAUAAAUUCAAUAAAAUUAAAGAAAUCAAUUUUCAAACUUUGGGGAAAGAUUUUCGUUUAAUUUUAACCCCUAAGAAAGAUGUGUUACAUUCGAAAUUUAAGGCAUAUUCAGUUGACGGUGAUGGAAAAGAAUCCUCCAUCCACAUUGACCAUAAUUCGUUUUAUGAUGGACGAGUUUUUGGGGAGACAACGUCCCAUGUAAGCUUGCACAUGGACAAUGAUGGUGUUAUGACCGGAUUUAUUCAUUUACCAGAGGAAAUUUAUCAUAUUGAACCUUCUUGGAGACAUUUACCCAUUUCUGAUAAUCGAACUAUGAUUACUUAUAAACAAUCGGAUAUUAAAUUAAGUUGGGAAUUAGACAAUUUAAAUGAGUUUGCACCAAAAACUUGUGGUUACAUUAAGGAAGGAUUAGAAUUAGAAAGUGAUGAUGACGAAGAAAGUCCUUGGUUAUCUGAGGUGCAUCGAGAAAAACGACAAAUUGAUCAAUAUGAAUAUACUCCAACAAAAACUAGGUGCCCUUUGUUGUUGGUUGCUGAUUAUCGGUUUUAUCAAGAAAUGGGUGGGAGUAAUACAAAAACUACUAUUAAUUAUUUGAUUAGUUUAAUAGAUCGAGUUCAUAAAAUAUAUAAUGAUACAAUAUGGCAAGAUCGACAUGAAAUCGAUGGUUUUAAAGGGAUGGGGUUUGUUAUUAAGAAAAUCGUCGUUCAUAAUGAACCGACACAUAUUCGUAAUGGCGAUGCCCAUUAUAAUAUGAAUCGAGAUAAAUGGGAUGUUAGAAAUUUAUUAGAGGUAUUUUCAAGACAACCUGACAUCAAACGAUUUUGUUUAGCGCAUCUAUUUACGCACCAAACGUUUAAAACCCAAUCUGUGCUUGGAUUGGCCUAUAUCGCUUCACCGAGACUGUAUUCGCAUGGAGGAAUUUGCACCCCCGAAUACUUCAAAAAUGGAUACACCCUUUAUUUAAAUUCUGGUUUAAGCUCAAGUCGGAAUCAUUACGGUCAACGUGUUAUAACCCGUGAAGCCGAUUUAGUAACAGCCCAUGAAUUCGGACAUAAUUGGGGGUCGGAGCACGAUCCGGAUAUUCCGGAAUGUUCACCGAGCGCCUCACAAGGUGGUUCUUAUUUAAUGUACACCUACAGCGUAAGCGGAUAUGACGUCAACAACAAACGAUUUUCUCCCUGCAGUUUGCGUUCGAUUCGAAAAGUGUUGCAAGCGAAAUCGGGGCGGUGUUUUUCCGAGCCGGAAGAAAGUUUUUGUGGGAAUUUGCGUGUUGAGGGUGAUGAAGAGUGCGACGCGGGAUUAUUAGGAACGGAAGAUAACGACGCUUGUUGCGAUAAGGAUUGUAAAUUGAGGAGAAAUCAAGGCGCCGUUUGUAGCGAUAAGAACUCGCCGUGUUGCCAAAACUGCCAAUACAUGCAAGCCGGGAUUAAAUGUAGGGAUGCUCAAUAUCAAACUUGCGAACAAGAAUCUAGAUGUACCGGAAAACAAGCAGAGUGCCCCAAAAGCCCUCCAAUGCCCAACGGAACCGAUUGCCAAGAAAAAGGGAAAUGUAGAAACGGAAAAUGCACACCAUAUUGCGAAACUCAAGGUUUACAAAGUUGUAUGUGCGAUAUAAUUGAAAAUGCAUGUAGGAGAUGUUGUCGAACGAAUAUGAAUGAAACGUGUUUUCCUGUUGAGCCUUUAGAUGUUCUCCCCGAUGGAACUCCUUGCAUACAAGGAUUUUGCAACAAAGGAAAUUGCGAAAAAACCGUGCAAGAUGUAGUCGAACGUUUCUGGGAUAUAAUCGAAGAUAUAAACAUCAAUAAAGUCCUAUUAUUUUUAAGAGAUAAUAUAGUAGGAACUGUCGUGCUUGUAACAGCUCUUUUAUGGAUACCAACCAGUUGCGUUAUUAGUUUUAUCGAUCGUAAACGACGAAGGGAAGAAAUUAAAAGGAGAGAAUGGAGGAGUAAAGCUGAUUUGAUUCAUCCUUCAGUCGCUCGAAGAGUUGUUCAUAUUCGAGUGCCAAGAGCUGCUCCAGCAAAUCCCAUUCCUCAAAGUUCUAAUUCUAAUUCAGUAAUUCCUGAAUAAAUAAAUAAAUAGGAUGAUUAAUUAGUUAUAGAUUGUACUUAAAACGUAACAAAUCUAGUCGGACAAAUUUUUUUAUCAAUUUUAAUAAUUUUUUUGAAGUAUUAAUAAAAUUUGAAAAAUAGGAUAUA